AUGGCGCAAAUUGCAAACAACGGUGCGGAGGAGCUCAUAGCCGACAAGCGAGCCACCGACAACGAUGAGGAGGCUGCGUUUUGCCUGGACAAAGGCCUGAAGGCUGGUGAGGAAAGUGCAGAUGCUGAGGAGAAGGAGUUCUACCCUCUGUGGAAGCUGACCCUCAUUGCCAUCCCACAGCUGGGCGUUCAGGUGAUGUGGUGCUUCAUCGGGCCCAAUGCUGCACCCUACAUGGGCCACUUGGGUGUGGGUCCGUCCUUGGCGACGCUCAAUAACAUCGCGGGGCCCAUCACAGGCUUUUUUACAGGGCCGAUCAUUGGUGCCGUGUCGGACCGGCUCACCUCGAAGUGGGGUCGCCGGCGCCCGAUCAUUCUCGGAGGACUCAUUUCCACGUGGAUUGCAGCUAUGCUGUUCUCCUCCAGCGAGCACCUCUUCUCGUCCACCACCGCCAAGAUUGGCUUCGCCGUUCCCAUGUACUGGGUCAUGGAUGUGACCAUGAAUGUGCUUCAAACACCGCACCGUGCGCUUGUCUCGGACUUGGCCACCGUGGAGCAGCAGGUGCCGAUGCAGGUGGUCUUCGUCGUGAUCAUGUCCAUUGGAAACUUCCUGGGCUACUCCAUCAUGCAGAUCUACGACAUUCCUGUGGAGCACAUGUUCACGCUGAUGCUGAUGAUCUGCACGCUUAACACGAUCUGCAUUGCCAUUCAGUUUUCCGUGGCAAAGGAGGUGCCGUUGAAGAAGUCAGACACGGAUGAAAGUGGCGGCUGCUGUGCGCCAGUGCUGAGCGUCUUCUCCUCUAUUCGAGGCAUGCCUUGUUUGCUCUACCACCUGGCUUUUGUCCAGUGCCUGGUGUGGAUCGGGAAUACUGCCUGGCAGUAUUACUCCGAGCAGUGGUUCGCCAUCGCUGUGUACGGAGGCGACCAGCAUGCGCCCGCUGGGUCCGAGGAAAAGAUCAACUAUGGUCGAGGUGUCCAGGCCUUCUCCCAGGGUGGCCAGAUGCGCUCGGGAUUUCAGCUGCUUGCGGCGCUGGCGAUUAUUGCCUUGCUGCUGGGAACCCGGCUGCGCCCUCGCAUGAUCUAUGCUCCCUGCAUCUAUGUUGGUGCUAUUGUGAGCUUUCUCGCUGGCUAUGUGGUGGGCACAAACGCCGCCUUCGCCGUCGGCGUCUUUGUGACCUCCAUCAUGCCAGAGACGGGCUCCUUUGCAAUCCCUUUCGGGCUGGUGGCUACGCUGAACAAGCGUGCUGAGCAGGAGGGCAAACAGGUUUCUACGGCUUUGCAGAUGGCGUUGCUGAACUGCUGUGUGACUGUGGGCCAGCAGGUCUGCCACAUGGUCCUCGCCAUCAUUGAGCAUCAGCUUCCUCUCAAGGCCGCCUUGCCAUGUGUUUUCCUCUUCGCUGCGGUGUCCUACACCUUGGGCGGAUCAUCGGCCUUGUGCUUGGACGAUGCGCCUCCGGGCGAGGAGCCUAGCGAGUACUCCAGCACGGAGGAGUCGGAUUCGGCCUGA